UAUAUAUAUAUAUUUAUAUACAUAUAUAUUGUUGAUUCGAAUAUUGCUGUGUAUUGGUGCAGAAUUUAAGAUGAAUUUAUUUACGCGCUUUCGUACACUACCUCUCUAUGAUAUAUAUGUCAAUAGUAAAUGUGUUCUCGUAUAAUUUGUAUGAUUGUUUGUGUGCAGUGUGCGUGUAUUUUAACAAUUUCCGUUUGUUGUCUCUUUAUAUGUAUAUUAGUUAAAUUAAACGUACGCAUGGUGUCCGGUAACGGUGAAGUACAUCAUCAACAGCUUCCAUUUAAUUGGCUCAUUAUGAACGGACAGCAACAAUACGAGCAGCGAGUUCAAAAUUUUAUUCCCAAAGCAAUGAAUUUCAAAAUAAAAACUAAAAAUUUCAAUGUUCGUUUAUGUAAAAGUUAAAAAGAAAAACAAACCUACGACUGGUUUCACUUAGCUACUGCUUCUGCUUGUUCUCUUCCCUUUCAAAUCUAUUAUCAAUUAACUUUAAAUCAUUAUAAAUACUUUAUUAAAAAGCGAUCAAGAAGAUGUAUACCGCUGUACGCACACACGACUACGAAUAUCCGGAAUCUGAAAUGGAUGAUCGCGAAAGUUUAUAUUUUGAUACCAUUUCUUUGGCUGAUUCGGAAGCAGCCGCUGCUGCGGCAGCUCAUCGUAAAUCUCUUUCGCAGUCACGCAACACCAUCUAUCAUUCGGCUGUGGAUUUAGCUGGCGAAGACACUCCUUCGCGACGAACAGGCAGUUUGCGUUUAGAAAAUGGUCAGCGAGCGCGCACAUCAUGGAAUACGAAUUAUCGACAUUCGACACCGUUAGAUCAGUACAUAAGUCCGAAUUGUCCAAAUGCCGGCAGUGGAAAUAAUACGGAUUAUACGGAUGCUGCUAUAGCCGCCCAAGUGAUGGCCUUACAAAAUGGCCGGGCCAAUUACAAUGGCCUCAACAUGGCUGGCACGAUGAUAGCGGGAGGAGCAACAGGUGUAGCAGGAGGACCCGGUCUGCCCGGCAAUCACACGUCAAUGCAUAUGGCCAACGAUACGGAGACAAGACGUCGUUUCCAAGAUGGUGUACGAGGUGUUGAUUUUGUGCUGGCCUUUAACGGCGACGAUCAUAAAUUGGAUAACAUACGUAAACGUGAAAUAUUUGAAGCGAAUUUGGAAAAAGAAGGCUUGCACUUGGAACGUGAUAAUACCCAACGAAUACAUUUCCUGAAAAUACAUGCACCCCGCGAAGUAUUGUGUCGUUAUGCUGAAAUAUUAAAAAUCAAGUUACCCAUGAAAAAGAUACCUGGCCAAGAUCAAAUUUAUGUUGAGGAAUAUGAAAUUGGUGACGGUAUACGUAGAUUAUGCGGUAACCUAUUUAAAUCGAUACAAUUAAAUCCGGAGAUUUUUCCACCUAAACCGAAACGUAUUCAUUUUGAAUUUCAACGUAACUAUGAGCAUUUAUUUGAUUUUGAUCAACCGAAUUUCUUUGAUGCGGGGACACGUAUCUAUAUUAUUAAUUUUAUAUUGGAGAGACAACAUUUCAUUGAAGGCGAAGAAACACCCGAUAAUUUGGGCAUUGAAAAGCUAUUAGCAGAUAAUGUCUAUGAAAGUGCUUAUACGCUUCAUGAUGAUACCGAUCGUGACAUUUUAUUAAAUGAAUGGGCCAAUUUAAAGAAAUGGAAACACAUACAGCCCCUGGAUAGCAUAAAAGAAUAUUUCGGAGCAAAAGUUGCUUUAUAUUUUGCUUGGCUAGGCUUUUACACGCACAUGCUAAUACCGGUCAGCGUAAUCGGUAUCUUAUGUUUUAUAUAUGGUUUUAUCACAUGGAAUACUGAUCCGAUAAGUCGAGAGAUAUGUGCUGAAAACAAGACGAUACUAAUGUGUCCUCAGUGUGAUCGUAAUUGUGAUUUUUGGGAGCUACAAGAGACCUGUAAAUCAUCUAAAAUGAAUUAUUUGAUAGAUAACAACGUGACUGUCGUCUUCGCAUUGGUCAUGUGUAUAUGGGCUGUUUUAUAUUUGGAACUAUGGAAACGUUAUUCGGCUCGUUUGGUUCAUCGAUGGGGUCUAACCGGAUAUACGCAGGAUGUUGAACAUCCAAGACCUCAGUAUUUGGCUAAAUUGCGUAAGAAUAAAAAAUUGGCCAAUAAAUUGGAUAAUGCGCCAGCGAAUAAUGUUUUUGAACCGGAAGUGCCUUUUUGGACCACCAAGUUCCUGCCCAGUUUUACCAGUUAUAGUAUUAUGCUUUUAUUUAUUUGCAUAUCGUUAAUAGCCAUUUUUUCAAUGAUCGUUUAUCGUAUGGCUCAGAAGGCGUCUCACAGCAUUCUAGGCAACGAGGAUUCUAUGACAUAUAAAAUAAUGGUUCUACCAAUGACUGCCGGCAUCAUUGAUUUAAUUAUUAUUUCAAUUUUGGAUUACAUGUACGCUUCACUGGCCAUUAAACUUACUAACCUCGAGUACUGUCGCACACGUACCGAAUACGAUGAAAGCUUAACAAUAAAGAAUUAUGUUUUUCAAUUUGUAAACUACUAUUCCUGCCUAUUCUAUAUUGCCUUCCUUAAGGGUAAAUUUGUCGGUUACCCGGCCAAAUACAAUCGAAUUUUGGGCUUCCGCCAAGAAGAAUGCAAUCCUGGUGGCUGUCUAAUGGAACUGUGCAUGCAAUUAGUUAUAAUUAUGGUUGGUAAGCAGACGGUCAAUGCGAUUGUCGAAAUGCUUAUACCGUAUCUAAUGCGUAAUAUGCGUAAAUUCGGUACGCAUUGCGGCUUGCGUAAGCGCAACAGCGAAGAAAAACUGGUAUCAUGUAAUCAAUGGACGGAGGAUUAUCAUUUGGAGGAGUGGACACAUCAUUCAAUGUUUGCCGAAUAUUUAGAAAUGGUUCUACAAUUUGGCUUUAUAACGCUAUUCGGUUUGGCUUUCCCUUUGGCUCCUUUGCUCGCUUUAAUAAAUAACGUAGUUGAAGUACGCUUAGAUGCUAUCAAAAUGUUAAAGCUUAGAAGAAGACCGAUAGCGCAAAGGGCACGAAAUAUUGGUGUUUGGUUUAAUAUAAUGGCUGUGGUUACGAAAAUCGCGGUAACAUCCUGUGCUAUUAUAAUAGCGUUCUCGACUAAUUUUAUACCGAAGCUAGUCUACAAAGCUGCCACUAACGAUAACUCAUUGGAGGAUUACUUAAAUUUUACUCUGGCUUCGUUCAAUACGAAAGACUUUCAAGUGCACCCCCUUUUAGUGGGCAGUCCUUAUGCCAAUGUUACUUCCUGCAGAUAUACUGAAUUCCGAAAUGCUCCAUGGGAGGAUCAUCCUUAUAAAAGACCUAUGAUUUAUUGGAAAAUAUUGACAGCACGUUUGGCAUUUAUAGUAAUAUUUCAGAAUAUCAUAGGCAUGUUGCAGACGGCUUUAGCAUGGGCUAUACCCGAUGUGUCUGCUAGACUACUGAAGCGAAUUAAACGUGAAAAUUUUUUGCUACGAGAGCAUAUUAUCGAAUAUGAAAAGUGUGUAGCUCAAAAGCUUGCUGGUCAGCGGGUCAUUGAUAAGUCGCAAAUGAUAACUAAUAAUGUUUCGAAAGCCUUUAAUACGAUUGGUGGUGGUAAUGGAACACAUACGGAAACGAUUUUGGAAGAAGAUGAAAAUAUACAAUUACGUAAGCGUAAUGGCAACAGUAUAGAUGUGAAUACCACAUCAGUGUAAUUUUAUUUAAAUAAGGAAAUCGAGACUACAGAAAAUGCAGACUUAAGCCACAAAUAUUUAAGCAUUUUAUUGGGAAAAUUUAACAAAAAAAAACUGUUUUUUUUUUUUUUUUUUUUUAAAAAAGCUACAUAACUAGGAUAAGAAUAAAGAUUCACUGAAAACUGAUUUAAAAUAUUGUUAAGGAAACGUUGUAAAUCUCUUUUCAAGUUGAUUUUCUUUUCUGAAAACCUAAGAUAUAUCAAAUAUACUCCUAUUUUCUAAAGAUUCAGUACUUAAAGUACUAAAAAGUGAACAUGAAACAAAAAUAAUUAUUAUACAAAAUAAAGAAUAUAUAAUAAUGAUAAUAAUAAUAAUAAUAAUAACAGUAACAGUUUUACACUACAGCGAAUAUAAUAAUACUUUUGUAACACUAACUGCAUGUUUCCUGCACAUAUCAUUUCUUAUGGCAUCACUUAGGGGCAGAAAUCGAUCAGCUUCCGGUUGAGAAGUGAUCGCAACUUAAUCAAGCUACUACAAGCUCGCGAUGCAUACAUAUAUCAAUUUUCUAUUUCCUUCAUCGAACCAAAGCGUGCUUUAAAUUCACAUCACAUCUAAUCUCUCUGAUCCCUUACUCUGAUCGUGUUCGGGGCAAAAUCGUUCCGCUGCCUAUUUCUAAGCCAACCUUAACAUGAGUUAUAUUACUACAAGCAAAAAUAUGUAUAUAGCUUUCGUUCACAUUUUCCCAUCGACAUUAAAUUAUGCGUUAUAUAAAUAUAUAAUAAAAAAAAAAAAAAAGUUGGCUACAACUCCUAUUAAAACUAUGCUGUACGCGGUUAUAUCCAAAUUCGAUCUAACGUAUGAUUAUUUAUUUGCGACUGAGCGUAUAGUAGAAAAAGAAAUAAAAAAAAAAAAAUCUGCUUUUUAAGUGUUACUAUGAAAAAUGCUAUGUAAAGACGUGCUUUAAAACAUAUAUUUGUAUAAAAUCACAUUAAUGCCUUCAAACAAACAUCAAUGCCGAGGUCAGCUUGUUGCGUCCAUCUUUGUAAUAUAUUUCCUAUUUUUGCUUAGCUGAGCAUAACUAAAAUACAAUAGUUAACAAUUUUUAAUAUAAAUUGAAACCAACAACAAAAACAAAACUUAAUCAAUAAAACAAUUCUUAAGAGUACC